CAAAAACCAUAGCCCAAAACCACAAAGUUAUAAAGGACCAGCCGGAUUAGGGUUUCUUUUCCGCAGGCGAUAAGAAAGUGAGAGAAGAUCACCUGUCUCUCCUCUUUGCCGCUGUUGUCAGUGCUUAUCGCAGCCAUGAUCAUUCCAGAGAAGAACCGUCGGGAGAUCUCUAAGUACCUCUUUCAAGAGGGCGUCUGCUAUGCCAAGAAGGAUUUUAACUUGACGAAGCACCCGGAGAUCAAUGUCCCGAAUCUGCAGGUGAUAAAGCUGAUGCAAAGCUUCAAGUCGAAGGAGUACGUGCGCGAGACUUUCGCGUGGAUGCAUUAUUACUGGUACCUGACGAAUGAAGGCAUUGACUUCCUCAGGUCUUACCUCAAUCUACCUUCUGAGAUUGUCCCAGCGACUUUGAAGAAGCAGGCCAAGCCUGGAGGCCGGCCCAUGGGUGGCCCAUCGGGUGACCGCCCCCGUGGUCCACCUCGCUUUGAGGGGGAGAGGAGGUUCGGUGACAGGGAUGGAUAUCGUGGAGGUCCACGGCCUGGAGGAGAAUUUGGGGACAAGGGUGGAGCUCCAGCGGACUAUCAGCCGUCUUUCAGGGCUCCUGGUGGAAGGCCUGGCUUUGGACGUGGAGGUGGUGGUUUUGGUGCAGGUCCAACAAGCUCAAACCUUCCUUGAGAGAGUUUUUUGUCAUUCGCAUAGUUUUGUCAGCUUAACUUUUCAAAGAUCCAAUGUGUUCUCAUCAUAUGGGAGUUAAUAGCAAUUUCUGUGAUCUUUCUUUAGCAUUUGAGUAAUUUGUGGGAUUUGUUAAAAAUGUUUAUCCACUUUGAUUUAAUGAUUUAAAUUUGAAGGAGUUUCAUAUUUGUAUUC